UCAUCGUGUCCUAAUCCCCAAACUAAACCCCUACUUUCUCCUUUUCUCUCUCACCAACUCCGGCGCACACCACCACCGCUGCCACCAUGCAAGCUGCUCUAUUAACCCCGCCAACCACCCCAACACCUGCUCCCUUCGGAACCCACAUCCCAAAAUUCAAUCUUUUACCUAAAAGGGUUCCCAACUUCACCAUCCAAGCAUCCACGACUCAGACUGAACGACCACCUCCGCCACCACAAACUACCGCUUUAUUGGAGAAGCUGAACAAAUACAGCUCAAGAAUCACUGAACCCAAGUCCCAAGGGGGCUCACAGGCAGUUCUUUAUGGAGUAGGAUUGACAGAUGAUGACUUGCAUAAGCCUCAAAUUGGAAUAUCAUCAGUUUGGUAUGAAGGGAAUACAUGCAACAUGCAUUUGUUGAAACUUGCUGAAGCUGUUAAAGAAGGAGUUAAAGAGGCUGGAAUGGUGGGAUUUAGGUUCAAUACUAUUGGAGUUAGUGAUGCCAUUUCUAUGGGGACUAGAGGAAUGUGCUAUAGUUUGCAGUCAAGGGAUUUGAUUGCUGAUAGUAUUGAGACUGUUAUGGCUGCGCAGUGGUAUGAUGGAAACAUUUCCCUACCGGGUUGUGAUAAAAAUAUGCCCGGUACAAUUAUGGCAAUGGGACGGCUAAAUCGGCCAAGCAUUAUGGUUUAUGGGGGAAGCAUAAAGCCUGGACAUUUUCAAGGCCAUACAUACGACAUAAUAUCUGCCUUCCAGGCUUAUGGGGAGUAUGUCAGUGGUUCUGUCAGUGAUGAACAGAGGAUGAAUGUAGUUCGCAAUUCAUGUCCUGGAGCUGGUGCCUGUGGUGGAAUGUAUACUGCCAACACCAUGGCAUCUGCCAUUGAGACUAUGGGAAUGUCCCUUCCUUACAGCUCUUCAACACCUGCUGAAGACCCACUCAAGUUGGAUGAGUGCCGCCUUGCUGGAAAAUAUCUUUUAGACUUGAUAAAGAUGGACCUGAAACCACAAGAUAUUAUCACUCCAAAAUCACUACAUAAUGCAAUGGUGAUGGUCAUGGCAUUGGGGGGAUCCACAAAUGCUGUUUUGCAUUUGAUUGCUAUUGCAAGGUCUGUUGGUUUGCUGUUGACUCUUGAUGACUUCCAAAAAGUCAGUGACAAGGUUCCAUUCCUCGCGGAUCUAAAGCCAAGUGGCAAAUAUGUCAUGGAGGAUGUCCACAGGAUUGGAGGUACACCUGCAAUCAUCAGAUACCUAUUAGAGCUUGGAUUUCUGGAUGGGGAUUGUAUCACUGUGACUGGAAAGACUUUGGCUGAAAAUGCAAAACUGUUCCCAUCUUUGUCUGAGGGUCAGCAAAUUAUAAGACCAUUGGCAAACCCCAUCAAACAAACUGGUCACAUCCAAAUAUUAUAUGGGAAUAUUGCACCUGAGGGUUCUGUGGCAAAAAUUACAGGAAAAGAAGGGCUUUAUUUUUCAGGUCCAGCUCUUGUCUUUGAAGGAGAGGAAUCUAUGCUCCAGGCUAUCUCAGAAAAUCCUGCAAGUUUUAAGGGGAAAGUAGUAGUUAUUAGAGGAGAGGGGCCUAAGGGUGGCCCAGGCAUGCCUGAAAUGCUUACACCAACUAGUGCAAUAAUGGGUGCAGGUCUUGGAAAGGAUGUUGCACUGCUGACUGAUGGAAGA